AUGGAAAAACUAAAAAUUGAAUUAGAACGUGAGACUGCAGAGAAGAACGAGGCAUAUAAAAGAAUACAGGAGCUUGACGGCAAAGUUAACAGUGCUGCCAUUCUUCUUGAAGCUCACAAAAAAGUCUUGGAAAAACUUAAAGAGAUCGUCGAAAAAUCUGGUGGGAAGAUUCCUGAAGACUGUAAUGUUGAGCAUUUUGUCAAGAAUAGUACAAGUGCCCCACCGGAAAUUCCUAAUCUUGAAGCACAUGCUGGUCCGCCUCCCCCUUCUCCGUUAGCUGGAUUACUUACUUCUGGAGUACCACCACCUCCUAGCGGACCAUCACCACCACAACCUUUAUCAGGAGUGCCACCAUCACCUCCACCUUUCGGGGGUGCAAUACCAGGUCCACUACCUCCCCCAGGUGCCCCUGGCCUACCAGGCGCAUUACAGGGAAAGGGAAAGAGAAAUGUACCAAAGCCUUCGCAACCUUUGAAAUCAUUUAACUGGUCAAAACUGCCUGAUACCAAAAUAAAAGGAACAGUUUGGACGGUAAUAGACGACUCGAAGAUUCAUGAAAUCAUGGAUUUUAACGACUUUGAUCGCAUGUUCUCGGCAUAUCAAAAAUCUAAAAAUGACCAGAAAGACGGUGGUGCAGAAGCUUGUGUGGCUCCGGAAACAAAUGGCAAAGAAUUGUCAUUCGUAGAUAGUAGAAAAGCCGAGAACUGUCAAAUUUUGUUAUCAAAACUGAAAACUUCUAACGAACAGUUUGCGCGAGCUGUUCUCACCAUGGAUAGGGAUGGCGAAUUAUCUGUUGAAAUGCUUGAACAGCUCUUAAAGCUCGUACCCACUACCCAAGAAAAAAAUCUGCUCGAUGAUCAUAGUAAGGAGAAAGAACAGUUUGCCAAAGCAGACAGAUUUUUAUACGAAAUGUCCAAAAUCAACCGUUACGAACAACGAUUGGCAACUUUGUUUUACGUCAAACGUUUCCCAGAACGAAUGGGCGAUAUAAAACAAAAGUUAAAAGCUGUGAUAGAAGCGUCUAAGCAAGUGUUCCGCAGCAGAAAAUUCCGUGAUUUACUGGAAGUUGUAUUGGCCUUUGGGAAUUAUAUGAAUCGUGGAGAAAGAGGAAACGCUACAGCGUUUAAAAUUGCCAGUAUCAAUAAGAUCAUGGACACAAAAUCGAGUUCGAACAGCAAAAUUAAUCUUUUAGAUUACUUGGUCAUGCUUUUGGAUCAAAAGUUUCCGGCCGUACUGCAGCUUGAGGAAGAAAUGGGAGAUGUUAGGACAGCUGCUAAUGUCAGUCUUCUAGAGUUACAAAAAGACGUAAAGAAAUUCAAAAUAGAACUCAAAACAGUUGAAAAGGAGUAUGAUUAUCAGUGUAAAAAUAAGGAUAAAUUAUCUGGUGAUAAUUUCGUUAAAGAAACUGGAACUUUUCUCACAGCUGCACGAGCGUCGUUCAAUGAACUUGAUGAUUCCUUGAAGGAGAUGAAAACAAGAUACGAGAAAUCUGUUUCGGCGUUUGGUGAACAACCGAAGACCAUUACCUCGAAAAAUUUCUUUGGCAUUUUUUACACGUUUUUAGUAUCUUUUGCCGUAAGUCUCUUUUUGUUGUUUUAGUUCUGUUCAACGCAUGCGCAGUAGAUAUAAAAUAACGUUAAAUUGACAGAACUGAGGCGAAGAAUGAGA